CUGCACCACGGGCCAGAUUUGGCCCCCGGGCCUUGAGUUUGACACCCCUGUUAUAGGGUAUUUAAUAAGAGAGAGUGGGUGACUGAGUGAUUCAGACUGUUGUUCAUUUAAAACUUUCUUUUUAGACCAGUUUGUCCUGUACUCAACCAUGCAAACAACCAUUAAGCCACUGGUUCAGACACACGUUUAGCAGACGGACCAGUUUCAGUCAGAGCUACUCUCCAACCAACCAUAAACCUAAGGAGAAUGCCUUUAACACACACAUGCACAAGCAUCACACAGAAACCUACACCCAAUGAGGUGACAGUGUUAACCACUGAGACACCAUGCAGUCCAGGCUUUCACAUCUGCAGGUUAAUAAAAUAAAGGCUUUUACUUUGAAAAACCGAAGAGAAGUCCCGGAACAUGAGUCUAUUUCUCCGUUUUUCCUGUGAGUUGAAGGAGGAGAUGAUGAUGAUGAUGAUGAGGGGAGGAGGAGGAGGAGGAGGAAGAGGAGGGCUGAUGUGUGCCGAUCAGCAGCAGGUCUGAUGAUGAUGGUGACGAUGAUGAGGAUGAGGGUGGUGAUGGUGAUGCUGUGAGUCAGAGAGCGGGGGUUCAGGAUGCUCACAGCCGCUCUGGAGUGAAGGCAGCCCGCACACAGAGGACCGAGGCUCCGCGGAGACACGUUUUCAGAGCAUCCAGAGCAGCAGGCGGACUCAAACUCCCAGCAUGCCCGAGCAGAGUAACGACUACCGGGUGGUGGUGUUUGGAGCCGGAGGCGUGGGGAAGAGCUCGCUGGUCCUUCGGUUUGUGAAAGGCACCUUCAGAGACACCUACAUCCCCACAGUGGAGGACACCUACAGACAGGUGAUCAGCUGUGAUAAAAGCGUCUGCACGCUGCAGAUCACAGACACAACAGGAAGUCAUCAGUUCCCCGCCAUGCAGCGUCUCUCCAUCUCCAAAGGACACGCCUUCAUCCUGGUUUACUCCAUCACCAGCCGACAGUCGCUGGAGGAGCUCAAACCCAUUUACCAACAGGUUCUGGCCAUCAAAGGCUCCGUGGAGUCCAUUCCCAUCAUGCUCGUGGGCAACAAAAGCGACGAGACAUCCCAGCGUGAGGUGGAGACGAAGGAGGGCCAGGCUCAGGCUAAUGCUUGGAAGUGUGCCUUCAUGGAGACGUCGGCCAAGACGAACUCCAACGUGAAGGAGCUGUUCCAGGAGCUGCUGUCUCUGGAGAAGAAGAGGGACAUGAGCCUGAGCAUCGACGGGAAACGCUCGGGGAAACAGAAACGGGCCGACAAGCUGAAGGGGAAGUGCAGCAUCAUGUAGAGAGAGGAAACAGAAAAAUCAAAACUCUGAAUGUUAAUGAGAACCAGGAGGCAGGAGGAGGAGAGUCUGCUGAUGAGACGCCCCCUCAUGUCUGUCCUCAGCUCUGCUCCACCGUGGGGAGGACUGCUUCUUCUUCUUCUGUGGUGGCGGUCCUCCUCCGUCUGUCUGAACACUGAAGCUGAGAGGAACAAAAAAUGUGUCUGAUUAAAGAAAGCAUUGAGCUCCUCUUAGACCCUGACCAGGAAUGUGUCUGUAGCCCCAAAUCUCUGAAAGUUUACACAGCAAUCUAACUGCUGCAACCAUUUACAUCAUAGUUCUGUUACACUAAAUAAUAAAUAAUAAUAAUAAUAUCUUGAAUUUAUAAAGGAACACUCCACUGUUUUAUUAUGAGCAGUCUGAAUGGAAAGGCUCAGACUUAUCAUUUCCUACAAUACCCAAGAUUCAUUGCAAAGUCUACUUUCUGGUAAGGAUGCACAGAUGCAUCUGUGCACAUCUUCAGCUCUGAAUCAAUCAGCCUCAUGAUAGACUGAAAAACAGCGAAGUGUUCCUUUAUGUGCUGAGACGGCCGACGUUUCCUUCAUGAUUGUCACUGACUGAUUGUCUUCAUCACAGAGAUGACCGUUCACAGCAGGAUGUUCAGCUCAGCUUCCUGCCGUCAUUAGACGAACGCCUACACACGAGCUAACGGCGUGUUAGCGCCGUCUUUCCCUGUCAUAGCUGUGUUUGUCUGGAGCUGACAGACUGCAGAAGCAAACACUCGCGUUUAAAAAGGCUUCAGUGGUUUCUCUAAAGCACAAACAGACUCUUCAUUCUGUUUUCAUCAGCGUCAGACUCACAGGAUACGACAUCUGUUGGCAUAAAACCAUGGACAUCUGUUAGCAUGAAACGCAGAGCUGCUAACGGGCCGGCAGUGGAAACAACACAAUCUGUAAAUAAUUAAAGGACCAGUCCAACGUUUAUUUCAAAUGUUCUUUUUGGGGAUCUCUAUGGAAGCCCAUUUCCUUCAGUAAAAACACACGUUUACUAGUAUUUAUUUAUUUCAAACACAUAAAAGAAAGCUAAGCAUUGAUAAAAAGAAUUUAAGUCUUAAGUUUGUCACAAAAUGACAAAAUAAUGAGAUAAAAAGUUGCAGUUAUUAAAGUGAAAGUCAUAAUAACAAGUAGAUAGUUAAAAGUGACAAUAGAAAAUCAAAAAUUGGACAUAGAGAGCAGUAAAUAAAAAAAAAAAUCAAGAUGGUGGUAAAAACAAUCCAAAUUAUAAGCUAAGAAAUUGUAAAUUUGACAGAAGUCAAAUUAGGAGACAGUUAAAUAGUUUGGAAAUAAAAACAGGUGUAAAUUUAGGGAAAAGAAGAAAAAAAACUUAUAAAAAUGAUACUCUAACAUAAAAGAUGAUAAUUAUGAGACAAGAGUCAAAAUCAGCAAAUAACAAUCAAAGAUGGAAAUGGAAAAGUCAUAAUAACAUAAAAUAAAAAAAUGAUCGUGUAUAUACUCUGAAUCAUAUGAUAAAAAAGUCAUAAUUUUGUGAUGAAAAGUUGAAAAAUUAGAUUUAAAAAAUCUGAAUUAUGAGAAAAAAGUCAGAAUUCCUUGACAGAAAGUCAAAAUAUUAAGACAGAGAGUUGAAAAAUUGAAAUUAAUAGUCAAAAAUAUGACUUAAGUUAAAAUUAUGGCCAAAUAGGUCAAAAGACACGGCACAGAUUUUUUGGAUUUAAAAUUCUAAUUUUGAGCUAAAAGUCAAAACUAAAUUCUAAAUUAGGACAUCAAAGUUAAUGUUGGGUUUAAAGACCCUAUAAAGUGAAAUUUAAAGUUUGUGUCUUAACACCAGAAAUGUUAAAAUAUGGCUGCUGUAAACGUGAAAACACUGAGUUCUACAUGUGACUGAA